AUGGUCAUCGACUGGUCAGUUUCCAAGGGCCCUUUCCCUAUGAAGGUCUCCUGCGCAGAGGCCAGCUGCUGGAUGUGGAUAUCGGGCUGCACGAGCGGCAGCUCUGAUCGAUGCAUUGCCAUGUCCAGCGGCGAGUCGAGGACCAUCGAGAUGUGCUACUCCAAUGCUGCCCGCGAGGGUUUGCACAUGUGGUGGAGCUCCCCGAACGGCACCGACCCCACCACAGCGGGAGUCAAGAUCUACUCUCAGGCCUUGAACAUGGAGAUGAAUCAGCUUGUGGAGCCCGGCAGGUCGUCGAUGACCUACGUGAAGACCCACGACACGACGCAAGAAGAGAGUGACUACAACCACCUUCGCCAUGAAUGGUUCGUGAUGUACCUGUCCUCGCAGGCUCUCGAGCCUGCACACCAGGGUUGUCAGAACGUCGCAGCGGCGGAUGCCGAGAUGGCGCAGGUGGUCAUGCGUCCGGAAUUCUACGACAAAACGAUCGAGAAGAUGGAUUUGUGGGUCUCCGUGAUCGGCGAGGCCGGCGGUGCCUUUGGCCUUGCGCAGACCACCUUCUUCGCCUUGUACCUUCUGCUUUGGUACACGCGGUAUGGGGCCUACAAGCUCGAGGCGAAGCUCGAA